GAGCUCCUGACGCGAGCUGGCGGAAGGCGCAGCGUGGGCCGAGGCUCAGCCGCCCAAGCAACUCCCACAGGGUCUCGAAGCUGAGGGCCGAAGCCGAUGUCUUCGUGCCCCUCGAGCACGGCGCGAUCCAGCCGCAGUACGGCCGCGAGGAGCAGCACCAGCAGCGCCAGUAUUCGCCUGGGGUGGCCUACCCUUCGGCCCACUGCCUUCGCCGCGCGGCGGAGGCGGCGGCGCGCGCUGCCACAGUGCGCCGCAACAACGCCGAGCUCUUCGAGACCACAGAGAAGCAGGGCAGGCACCAUAACACCUUCGAUGCGGAGGCGAGCACCGCGAACGGCCAGGCGGGUUCCACGGAGGACGACGACCAGGAGGCCUACGGCAACCAGCUGCGCGCCGAGCGCAACCAGGGCAGGCACCAGAACACUUUCGAGGCGGGGGUGAGCACCGCGAGCGGCCAGGCCGGCUCCGCGGAGGACGACGACCAGGAGGCGAACGGCAACCAGCAGCACACCGAGCGCAACCAGGGCAGGCACCUGAACACCUUCGAGGCGGAGGCGAGCACCGAGAAAGCCUGGGCCGGCUCCGCGGGGGGCGACGGCCAGGGGGCCAACGGCGACCAGCAGCGCACCAGGACGGAGGCAGAGGACGGCUCCAACGACGCCCUGGAAGCGUGCGGCGACCAGCUGCGCGCCGCGGAGAAGCAGGGCAAGCACCAUGACACCUUCGAGGCGGAGGUGCGCGCCGCGAACGGCAGGGCGAGCUCCGUUGAGGACGACGCCCAGGAGGCCCGCGGCAACCAGCAGCGCACCGAACGCAACCAGGGCAGGCGCCAGAACACCUUCGAGGCGGAGGUGCGCGCCGCGAACGGCCAGGCCAGCUCCGCAGAGGGCGCCGACCAGGCGGAGGUUUGCACCGCGAAGGGCCAGGCCAGCUCCGCGGAGGACCGCGACCAGGAGGCCAACCAACGGCAACCAGCAGCGCGCCAAGACGCCCGAGACGCGCGCGGCGACCCGCUGCGCGCCGCGGAGAACCAUGGGAGGCGCCAGAACACCCUCGAGGCGGAGGUGCGCGCCGCGAACGGCCAGGCCGGCUCCGCGGAAGACGACGACCAGGAGGCUAACGGCAACCAGCAGCGCUCCGAGCGCAACCGGGGCAGGUACCAGAACGCCUUCGAGGCGGAGGUGAGCACCGCGAACGGCCAGGCCGGCUCCGCGGAGGACCGCGACCAGGAGGCUAACGGCAACCGGCAGCGCGCGGAGGACGUGCGCGGCGACCAGCUGCGCGCCGUGGCGCGCUCCGCGGAGGACGGCGCCCUGGGGGCCAACGGCAACCAGCUGCGCGCCGAGCGCAACCAGGGGAGACACCUGAACAUCUUCGAGGCGGAGGUGAGCACCGCGAACGGCCAGGCUGGCUUCGCGAAGAACGACGACCAGGAGGCUAACGGCAACCAGCUGCGCGCCGAGCGCAGCCAGGGCAGGCGCCGGAACACCUUCGAGGCGGGCGCGAGCAAUGGGGGUGCGCAGGAGGGCCCCGCGCGGCAGUGGGCAGUCUUCGAGGAUGACCUCGAGGACAGGCUCGAGGGGGAUCGCGAGGACAACCUCGCCACUUCGGAACGCCAUGCGAUCCUGCGCGCGCGCUUUGCCCAAGUGCAGAUGGUGGGCGCUCCCGCCGCGUUCGCCGCGCUCUCGACGGAUCAACG